AUGCCCUCUGCCGCCGCCGUUCUUUCUGGCCUCCCUCCUUCCUCUCCGGCCGACACCAUCGUCUCCGCCUUAUCGGCGCCCACCUCGGGCACGGCGGAGGAGUCGCCCCGGCGUCACCUCGACGAGCAUCUAUCGGCCGCACAGCUGCAUGCGCUGGGCAUGGAGGCUGGCCCGAGGAGGAGGGCGGCGGCAGCCCAGCAGGCCCACGCGCUGCGCCGGAAAGAGGAGACAACACGGCAGCACUGCCUCGCCGAAUGCCGCCUUCAACAGCCGGGCUGUCGCAGUAAGGCAUCUAGCGUGGAGGUCGCCGCAGGAGAGAGGCAGGGUGAGGAUGUUGGCAUAUGGAAAGUGAAAGUGACGACGUUGUCUGCAGAACAGGCGGCGGCGGUGCUGCCGGUGGGGUUCCAGUUCCGGGGAUUCUGCUACAUCCUCGUUGUUGGAGUAAGGUAUGCAUCUUGGGCACAGUUUUUUCUGACUGAAGAUGGGAUGCAGUACGUAGUGUUACAUCGUCUGAAUCUGUAUGGAGCCACCUGCCUAAUGAACUGCAAUUAGUGUUACAUCUAUAGAAAAAAGGGAUGCAUUAGGCAGUAAUUGUGUGUUACAGUACAUGGGAACCAUCUGAAUCACAUCGAAUUUGUUCCUGUUACAUGCAAUAUGUCAGCUUUAAUCUUGAUUUAUGUAUCUGCAUUUAGUGUGUAGUUUAUUAGCAUGCUAGGUGUGUUUCUGUUCUAGUAUGUUAGAGUCCGGCAAGGUGUUAUGUGCGACGCCUACGGAACCGGCGGAGUUUCAGUUAGGCGUGCAAGAACAAUGUUACAAAGAUGGUGAGAUGUCGAGGCGCUGUGCGAUGCAGUGCUGCAUGAAGAGCUGAUGCGCAAUGUACUACAAGGGUUAUGGCCGAGUGUUUCAGUAGUUAUCUAGCAAGACAAUUAGUUAGUUAGUGCAUGCACUGAGUUAGUUAGCCGUAUGCGGGUCACUAGCUAGCUGUGUGCGUACGUGUGUUGGCCGGGUCAAAUGUUCUGAUCGGUGUGGUGUGCGUGAGUGCUUGGCUAGUGG